AAGUGAAUCAAUCAAUUUGGAACCUUUCGUAAGAGCAGUUGUGAAAACUGGCAUACGCAGAAAUGCAUUACACUCCAGAUAUUUUGGUCUACCUGUGUCUAUUUGGCAGUGGCUGCUUCUUUGGCUAUUACUGCAAAUACGCCUACGUUUACGACAAUCUAUGGACGCAUUGGUAUGCAAUGGUUGGUGUGAUUGUAGCUGUGGCCUUGGCUGGCGCCCUAACAUUAAGGAAAUAUAUGCAGCGACAGUAUAGUUAUGAUCACUUCUACGUCAUCUUCUACGGAUUGAUAUGCUUCGUUAUCAGCGCUUGCUUCAUGUUAACAAAUAACUUAGAUAUCUGCUUCUAUUUCGGCUUCAUCGGCGUUGGUAGCACGCUCAUUCCCUGCUAUAGUUACAUCAGCAUACGCAGCUCGUCGCGCGGAACUCGACCAGCGCGCAUAGCUUUGGGCAACACCUUCUAUUUCAGCGGCGUCUCGGUGGGUUUCAGCAUAUUCAAUGAAUUCGAGGCAAACUACUGCGGAUGGAUCUACUUGUGCAUUACAUUGUUUAUGCUCUCUGGCGUGGUGGUCAAUGAAGUGCUCCAAUAUUUUGGCGUAUACAAUUACAAAGUGUCCUAUGAUCUUGCAUUCAACUUGCUAAAUGAGGAAAAAUUAGUAUUUCUGUCGAAUAAGUCGAUCUGUGCGCUAUUUGUGGGCCGGGAUGACUUUUAUGUGACACGAAAUCGCCAAUGGCUGGUUGUGGGUAUAGCAGCGGUGCUGGUGUUGGAGCGUGCGCUCAUCUACUCUUCGUCAUACCUGCAGCUAGCUUGGAGCUCAACCUUUGCCUACUGGGUAACCCAGCACCUGUAUGGUCCAUUUCUGCUAUACGCGUUCGGCUGUGCUAUAGGUUGUGUCUUGAUGGCACGUUACCAGCCAAAAUUAGUUUAUUUAAUGUUCGGCGUAAUUAAGAUCACUGCACUCUCCGCGAUAUUGGGUGUUUAUGUGGAUACUUCGACAGAACAUUGUUUCUACUUUUUGUGUUUCUAUUACACUUGUAUUGGCGUGUAUUCCAGCGUAGGCCUACAGCUUGUACUCGAAUGUACGCCAUUGCUUUAUACGGAACUGGCUUUGGCUGUUGGCUACUCCAUUGAGUUGCUUGUACUGGAGGUGCUAAAGUAUGAAACGAAGACCGAUGAUGUAUGGCAUGAGCUACUCGGUAUGGGUAUUUUCAUUAUACUAUUGACUGCAGUGAGUAUAGUUCUGGUGCUAAUAUUCAUGCCACGCUCUUGCGGUCUCAUCGACAUGCGGAAUAAGCUGAUGGGUAUAAAGAAGAAAAAGCCAGUGUCGCCGCCGCAUAUCGGACCAAUUAGCUUCAAUAUUUACUGA